CAUAGCUUGCAUUUUCCAGCUCCAUAAUCCCCCAUUGUAGGAACUUCAUUCCACACCAGGAUCAAAUGGGUAAGCUCCAUUUGGUGCUGUUGUUCACUUUGUUGCUUCUUUUUUGUGGUGCCUCAGCUGCACCAUUCACUACUUCACCUGCAAAGAUUGUAAAUGGGUUUCUCUCAAAUGCCGUGCCAGCUUUCACCAAAUGGGUCUGGUCUCUCAAAGCAACAACCAAAACAGGGGUUUCUGGGAAGAAGUCUAUGAUGAAGUUUGAGAGUGGCUACACUGUGGAAACUGUGUUUGAUGGAAGCAAGCUUGGGAUUGAGCCUUAUGCGGUUGAGGUGUUGCCUAAUGGGGAACUUCUGAUCCUUGAUUCGGCUAAUAGUAACGUUUAUAGGAUUUCAUCCUCGCUUUCUUUGUAUAGUAGACCGAAGCUGGUGGCAGGAUCUGCUGAGGGAUAUUCUGGACAUGUUGACGGGAAGCUUAGGGAGGCAAGGAUGAACCACCCGAAGGGGAUAACAUUUGAUGACCGUGGAAAUAUCUACAUUGCAGAUACUAUGAAUAUGGCAAUUAGGAAAAUUAGUGACUCAGGCGUUACAACGAUUGCCGGUGGAGGAAAAUGGAGUCGUGGUGGGGGCCAUGUUGAUGGACCAAGUGAGGAAGCUAAAUUUUCUAAUGACUUUGAUGUGGUUUAUGUUGGAAGUAGUUGCUCCCUACUUGUCAUAGACAGAGGAAACCAAGCCAUCAGGGAGAUCCAACUGCACUUUGAUGACUGUGCUUAUCAAUAUGGAAGUGGAUUUCCUCUCGGAAUUGCAAUGCUUGUUGGGGCUGGCUUCUUUGGUUAUAUGCUGGCGCUGUUGCAGCGCAGACUUAGCACAAUUGUAGCAUCUCAGGAUGAUCAGGAUCAAGCAAUGUCGGGUAUCUCACCAACUCCAUAUCAGAAGCCAUUGAAAUAUGUGAGGCCUCCAUUAAUUCCAUCAGAAGAUGAGCCUGAAAAGCAAGAAGAAGGUUUCUUUGGAUCCACUGGGAAGCUUCUUUCCAACGCCGGAGCAUCUGUGGUGGAACUAUUGGGAGGGUUAUUCCCCGGUUUGAGGAAAAAGCCACAGAUGUAUGAAUUUCAAAGCCAACAACAGCUGUUCCAGCAACCUCAAAAGCAAGUAAAUGCUUGGCCAGUUCAAGAAAGCUUUGUGAUUCCCAAAGAAGACGAGCCCCCUUCUAUCGAUACACGAGCUCCGACCCCUCGAAAAACAUAUCCUUUCAUGUUGGUGGAUGCAGAGAAAAUGCAACAACUACGGCAAAGUAGAGUGUUCUACAGCGGAUGGGAUGGUGAUCUUCAACAGCAACCAAAAAACCAUCAUCAUCGCCACCAGUCUCAUUCAUCGAUCCCUCGCACCUAUUACGAGCAAAGCCACGAGGAAACCAACGAGAUACUAUUCGGCGCAGUGCAGGAGCAUAGUGUGAAGCAGGAAUCUGUGGUCAUCAAGCCUGUGAACUAUGGUGACUCGGUCUAUGAUCAUCACAACAUUAGGCCUAGAAUAAGUCCCAUGGGAUAUAUCCACAAGUAUUGAGUAUAUAUUAAUAAGGAAUAUUAGGUAUAAUGAAUCAAUCCUCAAUCAAGCUUUAAUUAUAGAGGGAUGGUGAAAUCAAAGUACAGGAAAUAUAAUGAUUUCUUUGAAACUAUGGAAUCAUCAUGUAUAGUAAGAACUAAGGACUAAGGAGAAUAUGAAUUGUGUAUUCAGUUUUGUCAAAUUGUAGGUCACUCUAGUGUGCAAACAGAUUGCUCAUCACUUGAUUUUCAGAGUAAGACCAAGAAAUUU